AAAUCUAAAUAUUUUUGAGAUGAGGACGAUUCCCUGCAUUUCGAUAUUUUCGAUUUCGCUUUAUUUCUAUUUUCUGUUGUAAAUGGGUGUACAUUUUUACUGAGUUUUAUUCGUAAAACUUGAUACAUAACGGGAUUUACCUUUUUAUUUCAUAGUUUUGUGAUUUUGUGUUCAAUCCAUCAAGUUUAAUUUUCGAGCUAUCAUCUUGUUCUCUUGGUGCUGAAAUGUCAAAAGUUUUCGUGGACUAGUGCCAGAUGAUUACCUUGGAAUUUUCUUUCUGAGAUGAUCAGGAACGUAUGGUGUUAUUAGAUCAUUGUGGAAUUUGGUUAAAAUCGUCGGCAUCGAGCUUCUGAACAAAGAACAGUUGGAUGAUUAAACAAUUUCCAAUCUAAUAAAGGGUAGCCAGGAGACGGGCGCGCCAUGAGCUCGCCGGCACCACUCGAGGUGGAGGCGGAGGACUCCAUGGAGGAGGACACCAACAUGCUGCCCACUGACAAGUUCACGAUGCCAACCCGUGCGGACGAGGUGGUGGAACUGUGGCGGGGCAAGCUGGCGGACGGGAGCAUGUCUCCCAACGACUUCCAGGACCACUGGCGCGUGACGGUGCCGAGGAUCUACUCGCCGCAGCCGAAUAGGACGUGUUUGGACUGGUCGUUCGACGAGGAGCUAGGCACAUCCCUACUCAUCACUCCGCUAGAGCAGCUGGUGUGGGGCGGCGCGGGGCGCGGGGACGCCGGCCCGCGCGCCCCGGCGCUCUGCGGCCGGGUGUUCAAGUGUGGCGAGCCCGUGUACAGUUGCCGCGAGUGUGGCAUGGACAACACAUGCGUGCUCUGCGUGGAAUGCUUCAAGGUGUCGGCGCACAGACAGCACAAGUACAAGAUCUGCCAGUCCAACGGCGGCGGCUGCUGCGACUGCGGCGACGCGGAGGCGUGGCGCCGCGACGCCUUCUGCGACAAACAUAAGGGUCCAUCAGAAGACUCGGAGGCCGGUACCGCAGGCAUCAGCCCCGACGUGAUAGAACGUAUGAAGAUAGUCGCGUCUGUCUGUCUGUCGUACUGCUUCCGACUACUCACGCCGGACCACGCGCCCGGCCUGCCCAAUGAUCUCAGGUUGAAAGACGCCGAGCGCGACCCGCUGCAGAUCUUGGACCAGCCGGACUGCUACUGCACUGUUCUCUACAACGAUGAGACACACACCUUUGAACAGGUGAUAACGACCCUAACCCGAGUAAUGAAGGUUUCCCACCGAGACUCGGUAGAACUGGUGAGCCUGAUAGACCGCGAGGGCCGCGCGCUAGUCAAGUGCACCUCGUUCCAGCAGGCCGACAAGCUGAAGGCGGAUAUUGAGAUGUUCACGUCCCGGCACGGGCCCACGCUGAAGGUGCUGGUGAUGCACGCGCACCUCGUCGCGCACCAGACCUUCGCCAUGAAGCUGCUCACCUGGCUACAAAACUUCGUGGCCCAAGAGCCGGCCCUCCGCUUGGCCGUCAGCCAAGUGGCCCUCGGGCAGUUCGAGUGGCCCACGGCCGCCGGCGCCGCCGCGUGGCCCGCCCCCACCCCCGCCGGGGGGGUAGCUGAGGGGGUCAUGCUGAAUGACUGGCGAAUGUGGAAGGCCGCAAGAAGCGCCUGGCAUAGACUGUUGAUAGCGACUACGCUGAUGGAUUACGAGACUAAGAAGACCAUGGCGCAGUUGUUUACGAGGAAUUAUGGCUCAAUGCUGAAGGACUUCAUCCGCGACGACCACGACCACUCUCUCUCCAUCUCGUCUCUGUCCGUGCAGCUGUUCACGACGCCGACACUCGCGCACCGGCUGGUGGCGCAGCAGGACGCGCUGUUCGUCGUACUGAAUACGUUCGUGUCCGAGUGCAGCCGACGGGUUAAUGCUAAGGGCCGUCUAGAAUUCGACCGCAACCACGUCUCGAGCGCUUUCAAACGCGCCCAGUUCGUCCUAUACGACGUGAAGUACAUACUGAGCUGCGUGCCUUCGACGUUUGACGACGAACUGCGCCGCGGGUUCCUGCACGGACUGACGCUCAUGCUGAGCCUGCUGCUGAUGAUGCAGGGCAUGGACGAGGUGGUCAGACAGGUCGGCCAACACAUGGAAUACGAGCCCGAAUGGGAGUCAGCCUUCAACCUUCACGUCAAGUUAGCCCACAGCAUCACUCUAGCUCUGGAGUGGUGCGGGGCUGACCGGGCCCUAACUGCCAGCGCAUACCGCAUGGUUCUCCGACGACUGUGUGAUGCCGAGCCCACGGAGCCCAGGGAGCGAGCCGAGCUAGGCAACCAGUCAGCCCUGGUCAUCCCGUACGACGUCUCAACCCGCCCUGUCUCCAUCCACCGGCCUCUCUCCCGGUUCGCGGCCGGAUUACAUCUGUUGUUGGAUAAGCACGGCUUGUCUUACCACAGCCCGGAGUUCUCGAGGCCGGACAAGCCGAAGCCCACGCCGGAGGAACUCAUCGAACCGGUCCUUCGGACCACGGCCAUGAUAGCGGGCGUGCACGCCGGCAUGUGGCGUCGCAACGGUUUCGCGCUACUCAACCAGCUGUACUUCUACCACAACGUGAAGUGUCGCGCGGAGAUGCUGGACCGAGAUGUGCUGAUGCUGCAGAUCGGCGCUUCCCUAAUCGAGAGCAACGAGUUCAUAAUCCACGUGAUGAACAAGCUGAACCUGCUCGAGUGGGCCAAGCCCGACUUCGAGAGCAAGGGGAUCGAGGAGGACGCCCUGAGGCACACCAUUAGCAUGCUGGAUGAGUUCCUGGGAUUAUUGAUCACUGUGGUGGGUUCCCGCUACGUGCCGGGCGUGGGCGAGGUGACGGCGGAGGACAGGACCAAGAAGGAGAUCAUACAGAUGCUCUGCAUCAAGCCUAUGGCGCAUUCUGAACUUAACAGAUGCCUGCCAGAAGACCAGCUCCACGAGACAGGCCUAGAAGCGGUCAUCAACGAAGUGGCAACAUUCUCCAAACCUACAGGGGGCGCCAACCGCGGCAUCUACACCCUGAAGCCGGCCCUGUACGACCAAUACGAGCCGUUCUUCUAUCACUACACCAGGGAGGAACUGUCGAGGAGCGAGGAGGCGCAGCGGACUAGGAGGAAGCAGGCUGGCCUGCCCGAAUGCUGCCCGCCGCCCCAACUCCCCAAGUUGACGCCCCCAUUCCGUCUGCUGGCGAACUUACUACAAUGUGCCGCCUCCGUGACCGUUCUGAAGACGGUGCUGGAGCGCGCGCUCGACCUGCGCGCCGCGUGCUUCGCCGAGACUCACGUGCACAAGGCCCUCCACCUGAUGGGCUACGCCCUCCGCGACGAGGAAAGCGGUCACUAUUCCUUCGUCUCCUUCGCCGAGACAGCAGCGCGCGCCGGGCUGCUGCCGCUGCUGCAGCAGCUGGCCAGCAGCCCGCGCGUGGAGGCGCACCGCCCGCUCGCGCACUGGCUGCUCAACAAGAUACGGUCGAUGCUGGGUCACACGGAAGAAGGGUCCGGUGACGCAGACAGCAUGGAUACGGACCAGAAGGAUAAACCUAAUGAGGAAAGCGCUGCGGACGCAGAAAAGUCUCGCCGAGCCAAACUAGCGGCCGAACGUCGCGCCAAAAUCCUCGCGCAAAUGCAGGCCGCCCAGAACAAGUUCAUUUGCAACAACGCGCGUUUGUUCGCGUCCACGGACGUCGCUCGCUCUGAGCCGGAGAGGGGGGCGGAGAGGGCGCGGAGGGCGGGGCGGGGGGGCGCGCUCGGGACGUGGGGGGGCGCCGCCGCGCAGCCGCCUAGGGUGUGCAUUAUGUGUCAGGAAGAGGCAACUGUAGACCUGAACAGCGAGCCACUAGUCCUAGUAGCCUUCUGUCAAUACUCGUCGGUGCUGAACCGCUGCCGCGCGGACGGGCAGGGCGUCACGCCGGCCGGCUGGCGCGCCGCCAGGCUGCCUGCGGGCAGGGGCGCCGGACCACACGUGUCGUCAUGCGGACACGCUCUGCACGCGGCCUGCUGGACAAAGUACCUCGCCACUGUGCACGACAAGGAAAACCGCAGACCGUACCGCCUCCGCCAACCCGCAGCCUUCGACGUAGGCAAACGCGAGUACCUGUGUCCUCUGUGCGAGCGUCUAUGCAACACAGCCCUGCCGCUGCUGCCGCCGCCCGCCGCCCCGCGCGCCGCGCCGCCCCCCCUCGACCAGCAGACUUAUGCGGAUAGCGUGCACUCGCUGGUCAACCAUCAGGUGACCCUAGAACCAGUCCACCAGUGCACGGAAUCAUGCGAGGAGAUGCACUGCACAGCGCGCGCGCGUAGCGUCGGCGCCAUGUCUUCGGACACUGAAGCUGAACCAGAACAGACGGAGAACACCAUAUACGUCUCAACCCAAUGCCGGGACCUGCUGCCGCCCGAGUUCCUCGCUCACUUUGAACUGGAUGAAGAGCUGCCGGUUUAUAACGAGAAUUUUAAGGCACUCAUCGAGGACUUUACUGGGAUCCUGCCAGGUAUCUGUGAAGAAGAAGAUGGUGGCGCCAUCUCUGCCCUCGCCGCUUUAUACCGAGCCACGGCCUACAGCAUCAUAUCCACCGAGACCGUGCUAGAAGCCGAGAAGCGCCCCCUACUGGGGGACUUACCAGCUAGACACAAGGACGCCCUCCACGCCCUAGUUCGCAUCGCCGCUAUUAUCCCCUCGAUGUGGGCGUCGCCUAACCAGAUAGCCCAUCACGCGAUUACGUCACUAAGCGCGUUAGAAAGAACGUCGCCGACAACGCAAACCGCUUUUGGCACGUUGGUACCCCUGAUCCUUGCCGCUCCGUCCCUAUUCGGCAAGACAGCCGGCCCCGCCAGGCCUGCCAACUUAGCGAAACAAAUUACGCUGCAAGUCUUCAGGUCGACUAUUACUAGAGCGAUGCUAGCUACGGAUGUCUCGAGCUGCAACAGCGAACCGAUGGAUGAUGAUGAGGAAUACCAACCUCAAGUGGAUCUAGAGAAUCUACUGACUUUCAUGAAGGAAUUACGGAAAGGUGAUCUCGAUAUCGAGAAGCUAAACCCGGCGGAUGUUUGGGAGAUGAUCAAGCGGCAAUGCAGAGGCUUUCUAAGAGCUUGCUGUCUGUUCUUUCACUUCUUAAGCGAUGUUACACCGCCGACAGAGCUAACAGUCUUAGGUGGAGACUCUUGGGAAGCCAUGUGUGGGUAUCUAGACCUCCCAACGACAUUUAAAGAGUUAAUAGACACGCCAUUGGCAAGACAAAAAGCUUUGCAAUGGUCAGAGUUGUCGCUAGACUGGUUUGAAGGCAAGAUUCCUCUGCAAGUGGUGUUGGAGCCCGAAGAGCCUCCCCGGUUGAUUCCGUUGCCCGAAGACUUUUCGGAGUUGAUGAAUGCGGUGUCGGAGUUCUCUUGUCCGAACUCGGACCGCGAGGACAGUAAAUACCCGACAAUGUGCCUCAUUUGCGGACAGAUACUGUGCUCGCAGAGCUAUUGCUGCCAGGUUGAGAUACGGAAGUCGGUGCGUUCAGGCGGCGGCUCCGAAGUGGUCGGGGCAGCCGUCGCCCACGCACGAACUUGCGGCGCCGGCGCGGGGCUGUUCUUGCGAGUACGAGAUUGUGAAACGUUGCUACUGGCUGCCCCAGCCAGAGGGGCUACUAUGCCCGCGCCGUAUCUGGACUCUUAUGGGGAGACUGACCAGGGCCUCCGCCGCGGCAACCCGCUCCACUUAUGCCCGGAGCGCUACGCGGCGCUGCGCAUGUUGUGGCUCAGCCACGGCCUUCACGAGCGCAUCGCCCGCGGCCUAGACACCAACAUGCUGGUCACCACGCGCUGGCAGACCAUGUGAGGCGGCGGUAGGCUGGUAGGUGGUAGGUUGGUAGGCUUGUUUGAAAUGAUGUAGGUUUUGGGAAAUGACGCCAACUUAUACCUUGUUUCACGGGGAAAGACAUCUGACAGAACCCUUAUUAUAUUUGAAUAAGGGUGGUUCUUGUUUGUAUCAGAUGUCUUUCCCCGUGAAAUGAAAUAUAAAUGGACUGGAAUUGUUACGAAAAUAAGCCAAUUUACUGCCAGUUUCGAUACUCUAUCUAUCGAUAGCAGAUAGUUGAAGUAAGCAAUAAGCAAAAAGUUGCAUUCUGUCAAAAUCGUAUGAAAGUAACUGUCAGCUAUCGAUAUUGAAUCUGGCAGUUAAAGUGUAGCAGUUUGUUUUAUCCGUCUGUAAACGUAACACGUUUGUUAUGACAACAUGAAUUUGUUAAUCAUAAACGUGUUAUGUGACAUUUUCAUGGUGUUUAUUUAUUUGCGCGUUAUACUAAUA